AUGAGCGUCAAAGAAUUCUUCUUCGGCUUCAGCGAUGAUACCAAGGCCCAGUUUCCCUGGCUAUUCGUUGACUAUGAUAUUGAUCGACACACAUGCCGUCGCACUGUACCCAUGCAAGUUUUGAGCCUAGGAAUGAGUAGAACCGGCACUGCUUCGAUGAAGAAAGCUCUGGAAAUCUUGGGGUAUCCGACCUGCCAUGGCUUCGAUAUGCAUGCCAAUGUGAAGGACGGUGAUAUGUGGGGCGAGGCGUUUGCGGCCAAGUACUUCGGAGAUACAUCUACAGUGCUUGACCGUAAUUUCUGGGACAAGAUGCUAGGUCAUGUCUCGGCAACAACUGACACACCGGCCAAUUGUUUUGGACCUGAGCUCAUAGCAUCAUACCCAGAGGCCAAAGUGAUCCUCGUGGAGAGAGACGUCGACGCCUGGUAUACAUCGUUCGACCAAGCUGUGAUCGUCUCGAACGAGAUACCGCAUUGGUUCAGGGCACUACUGGAGCAGCUCAGCGAGAAGGCGUGGAAACUUCGUCAUAUCAUACCUGGAAUCAUGAAAGGUCAAUUCCAGGCUAGAGACAUACCAGAAUGGCGAAGCAAAGCCAAGACGGUCUACAAAGAACACUACGCCGAGAUUCGUGGUCUGCUGGAAGAUCAACCAGAUAGACUACUGGAGUACCAACUGGGUAAUGGCUGGAAGCCUCUAUGCGAAUUUCUCGGUAAAGACAUUCCCGAUGUUGAGUUUCCAAGGAUCAAUGAAUCGGCACAGCAUGAUACCAUGAUCAAGAUUGUGUUCUUGCAAAUGGCUCGAAAUGUCUUUAUCGCUUCUGUCAAGACGGCACUACCGGUAGUGGUUGCAUUCUUCCUAUGGCGAGAUUGGUCCUAG